AUGAGUGGGAAUUUGGUGUACCAAGGCCAGGCCCUAAUCUGGGGCAUGUGGACCCUUGCGGCUAUCAUCAGGGGUACUGCCACUGAAGUGCCAGAGAGGAACACCAAGCUGGGAUGGGUCCGAGGGAAGCAAACCACCGUUCUGGGAAGUUCUGUGUCUGUGAAUGUGUUCCUUGGGAUUCCCUUUGCUGCGCCCCCUGUUGGACCUCUGCGAUUUGCCAACCCACAGCCUGCAAAGCCCUGGAAUGACACGAGAGAUGCCACCUCCUACCCACCAUUGUGCUUCCAGACGUUGGAGUGGAUCAGCUCAUAUCAAUCUAUGCUCAAGGUGCGCUACCCGAAAUUCAGAAUAUCAGAAGACUGCCUGUACCUUAACAUCUAUGUACCAGCCCAUGCCGAUGAUGGCUCCAAGCUACCAGUCAUGGUGUGGAUCCCAGGAGGCGGAUUCCAGACUGGCUCAGCAUCCAUCUACGAUGGUUCUGCCCUGGCUGCCUAUGAGGACGUACUAGUUGUGAUCAUCCAGUACCGGCUAGGAAUAUUUGGCUUCUUUGUCACACCUGACAGACACUGCCCAGGAAACUGGGCCCUCAAAGACCAGUUGGCAGCCUUAUCGUGGGUCCAGGAGAACAUCAAAUUCUUUGGUGGCAACCCCAACUCUGUGACCAUCUCUGGAGGGUCUGCAGGAGCCGUUAGUGCUUCUGGCCUUAUUCUAUCCCCUCUGGGCAAAGGCUUGUUUCACAGAGCCAUCAUGGAGAGUGGGGUGGCCAUCAUCCCCUACCUGAAGACCACUCAUGAGCAGCUGAUUGAGGAUUUGGAGAUGAUUGCACAAAUCUGUGGUUGCAGUGAAACAGAUUCUGAGGCGCUGCUGAAGUGCCUAAGGGCAAAAUCUUCUGACGAACUGAUGAGCCUCAACCAGAAAACAAUGUCUUUCACUCGAGCAGUGGAUGGAGAUUUCUUUCCUCAUGAUCCUUUAAAAUUAUUGUCUCAGAAGACAUUUGAAGUAGUGCCUUCUCUCAUCGGAGUCAAUAACCAGGAGUGUGGCUUCAUGUUGCCCAUGGAGGGGCAUCCUGAGAUCCUCAGUGGUGUCAACAGGUCUGUUGCCCUUGGCUUGCUGCAUACAUUCCUGAAUAUCCCCAACCAGUAUUUGGAUGCUGUGGCUAAUGAAUACUUCCAGGAUAAGACCUCUGUGACAGAUAUUCGAGAUGCGUUACUGGACUUGUUUGGAGAUGUGUUCUUUGUGGUUCCUGCACUGGUCACAGCUCGCUUUCACAGAGAUUCUGGUGCUCCUGUCUACUUCUAUGAGUUUCAGCAUCGGCCCCAGUGCUUUGAAGAUUCAAGGCCAGCGUUUGUUAAAGCUGACCACACUGAUGAAAUCCGCUUUGUCUUUGGUGGUGCCUUCCUGAAGGGUGACAUUGUCAUGUUUGAAGGAGCCACGGAGAAGGAGAAAUUGCUGAGCAAGAAGAUGAUGAAUUACUGGGCUAACUUUGCUCGGAGUGGGAAUCCUAAUGGGGGUGAUUUGCCUCAUUGGCCAGCCUAUAAUGCGACGGAGCAGUACCUGAUGCUGGAUUUGGACAUGGGCCUAGGACAGGAACUGAAAAAGGAGAGAGUGAAAUUUUGGAUCAGUACCCUCCCCUAUAGCAUGUCAGCUUCUGAAACCCUGCUCACUCCUCAUUCUUCCUUAAUCUUCUUUUCUUUAACCUUGCCAUUCUUUCUCCUUUGCUUCUGA